AUGGCGUCCCCCAUUCCCGACGGCCAUGUUGGCAACCUGACUGCCGAGCAGGAGGCCAAGCUCCGCGAGCUCUGGCAGACCGUCUUCAAGCUCUACGACAUACUCCAGGAACACAGCCAGAAAAAGGUGGCGACCCCGGCUCCGUCGAUUCAGUCGCCCAAGAAGUCUCGCUUUGGCCUGUUUGGGGGCUGGAAGGCCGCCGAGGCCCCGGCCGCGCCUGCGAUCCCCGAGGAGGCGCUCAAGCUCAUCGCCUGCGACGAGGAGGACAAGUUUGGCCUGGUCAAGCAGUUCCAGCAGGUCGUCGCCACGCAGUCGCCCGAGUCUCUGCGCGCCAUGGUCCUCGGGUCCGUCAAGCUCGAGCACCCGGACGCCCUGGUGCUGCGGUUCCUGCGCGCCCGCAAGUGGGACGUCAACCGGGCCUUGGUCAUGAUGUUCUCCGCCAUGAACUGGAGGCACAACGAGGCCAAGGUCGACUCGGACAUUAUGGCCAACGGCGAGGAGGUGCUCGCCAACGACGAGGAGACGGGCGAGGUCAAGAGCAAGGCCCUGGCCCGCGACUUCAUGAAGCAGAUCCGCACCGGCAAGAGCUUCAUCCACGGCACCGACAGGCAGAACCGGCCCAUCAGCUACGUCCGCGCGCGCCUGCACAGGGCCUCGGACCAGUCGGUCGAGAGCCUGGAGCGGUACACGACCUAUCUCAUCGAGACGGCCCGCCUGGCCCUGACCCCCCCGGUCGAGACGGCCACUCUCAUCUUUGACCUGUCCAGCUUCACCCUGGCCAACAUGGACUAUGUCCCCGUCAAGUUCAUCAUCAAGUGUUUCGAGGCCAACUAUCCCGAGUCCCUCGGCGCGAUUCUCAUUCACAAUGCCCCGUGGGUUUUCAAGGGCAUCUGGAAAGUCAUCUCUGCCUGGCUCGACCCCGUCGUCGCCGCCAAGGUCCACUUCACUUACGGCCGCAAGGACCUGGAAGAGUUCAUCCACCCGUCGCAGAUCAUCAAGGAGCUGGGCGGCGACGAGGACUGGGAAUACGUCUACGAGGAGCCCGUGCCGGGCGAGAACGACGCCAUGAAGGACACGGCCGCGCGGGACGCGCUGCAAAGGGCCAGGGAGGACCUCGCCCACCAGUUCGAGGCGGCGACCAAGCAGUGGAUCGAGAACCCGACCGGCGCCCAGGCCGCCGAGCUCAGGGCCAAGCGGGAGGGCAUCGCCGCGCAGCUGCGCGACAACUUCUGGAAGCUCGACAAGCACGUGCGCUGCCGGUCCCUGUACGACCGCCAGGGCAACAUCCGCCCGGGCCAAAAGACGGUCUGGUACCCCGAGGCCCCCGAGAAGGCCAUUGACAGCGCCGUCCCCGGCGGCACCACCAUCGAGCAGAUUGAAAACGCCCCCCUCAAGGCCGCUGCGCAGGUUACGGCCUAG